AUGGCCCCCCAGGUGAUUCACCCCCAGGACGAUGCAGGAAGGGUCUUUGAGGUUUUGAAGAAAGGGGGAAUUGCUAUAAUACCGGCAAGUGUUGGCUAUGGGGUCGUUGCUAUUGACACAGGCGCCCUGCAACGUAUAUUCGUCGCGAAAAAGCGUCAACCACAUAAAAGACACGCUAUGAUCGGGAGCUAUGCCCUUCACCAAGCUCUUCAUGUUCUCCCUGCGCGGGAGGCUGGCAUGGUCCGGCUUCUGGCAGUGGAUUUGGAUCUUCCUCUCGGAGUAGUUGCGCCCUGUCGCCUUGACCAUCCGAUCAUGCAGAAACUCCCACCUGAGACGUUGGCCCGAAGCUCCGUCGAAGGUACACUAGCAAUGCUAGUGAAUGGCGGUGCAUUCCAGGAUGAGCUGUCCCGACUGGCCAUGGAGGAAGAGCUCCCCCUGAUGGGCUCCUCGGCCAACUUGACUGGAAGAGGGACAAAGACUCUUGUGGAGGACAUCGAGCCUGAGAUCCGAGACGUGGCAGAUAUUAUUGUCGACUAUGGGAAGGCAAAGUUUAACCACCCACGUCCCUCAUCGACAAUGUUUGAUUUCAAAAAUAUCCAGCUUUUGCGGUAUGGGGCGUGCUAUGAUGUGGUGCAGGAUGCUCUCUGGCGCUUCUAUGGGUUGAACAUGCCCAACGACCCAGGCCGCGCGAUUCUUUUCUCUGGACACUUGGAAAAUGAACAAAAUAGGUAUUACGCUCAAGUAGGGCGGCCAUAA